AAAUUCUGUUAUUAAUUGGAGGUUAUAAAUAGCCUACCUAACUACUGUAAUAAUUAGUUAGUUAGUUGCUUUCAUUAUUAGCAGAUGUAAACACUUUCUCUCUCAAUAAAAUCCUCUCUUCUUUCUCUCUCUAUACAAGCUUCUCUAAUGGCAGACUUGGAAUUUUGAAAUGGUAUCAGAGCAGCGAUUUCGAUCCUAGGAUUGCUUUUCUUGUCUUCCGCUUUGUUCCAGUUGAUUAAGGAUGUUCUUCAACCCUUUUUGAGUUGUUUGUUUUUCUUGGUUUUUUUAUUUGAUUGGAUUGUUUGGUCUUAUAUCUUCUGGGUUGCUGUUGUUGAGAAUUUGAAGAACUAUAGUUGAAAUUAGUUGAUUCUUGUGUUUACAAGUUCAUUGAAAUUGAAGAAAUACGAUUGAUUGAAGGAUUAUUUGUUCGAUAAUUCGGCUUAUUUGAUUAGCAAUAGGGUUUUUCUUUUCGAAAAUUCGUACCCUAGAAUAAUUGGUUGAUUGAUUUCCUUGGUUGGAGUUUGUUAGAUUUCUGAUUGAUUAAGUUGAAACGGCUGGAGAACAAUUUUCUGAUAGUCAGAAUAGAAUUUUAGAGUUGACCAAGGAUCCUAGCUCGAUCUAUUACAUACACCCAUCAGAUAAUAAUGUUCAUAAGUUCAUUUCUGAGGUUUUUGAUGGUGAGAAUUAUGCUUCUUGGAAGAGGUCGAUGGUAAUUGGAUUGUCUACUAAGAACAAGCUUAGCUUUGUAGAUGGUAGCUUGUCAGUCCCAUUAAGUACAGACACAGCUUAUAGAGCAUGGGUAAGAUGCAAUGAUCUUGUGAUUGGUUGGAUAUUGGGGGUGCUUGGACCAGUUACCAAGAAGAGUGUGUUCUUCUACAAAUCUACUAGAGAAAUAUGGCAGGAUCUAGAGGAGAGGUAUGGUCAGGUGUCCUCAACAGAGUUAUAUGGAAUUCAAGAGGAAAUUUCAGCUGUACAUCAAGAAACUGAAGAAAUUGAUGAAUUCUUUGCCAAGAUCAAGGUCUUAUGGGAUCAACUAGAUGAUGUGAACCCUAUUCCAGUAUGCACUUGCAGUGGGUGUGUGUGUAAUCUGACAGGAAAAUUCUUAAAGAUUCAACAAGAUUCAAGACUGCUGCAGUUUCUGAUGAAGUUAAAAGAUGAAUAUAAGCAAGUUAGAAGUAAUAUUUUGAUGAUGCAACCACUUCCUACUCUUACUUUGGCUUACAGGAUGCUAUUACAAGAACAGAAGCACAAACAAAUCAGUGAUCACAACACUACUUCCACAGAUGGUUUUGCUUUUGCUGCAGACAGAAGGAAAUUCUAUGAUAAUAAAGGUUUUAACAACAACAGACCUGGCUAUCAAUCCUACAACAACAACAGAAAUAGAGGUGGUUUUCAAGGAAAAAAUGUGAGAAACAGUUACAAAGGAAACAUGUCUGUUUUGUUCUGUGAUCACUGUAAGAUGACAGGACAUUUGAUUGACAGAUGUUUUAAGCUCCAUGGGUAUCCAAAUGAGCAGAAGGGUAAUCAUGGUCAGAAGAGGUUUGCUAAUAUGGCUCAGGGUGAGAGUUAUUUUGGUUUUGAUGACAGUGGAGAUGAUAAUAUUACAACAACUUUUUCAAGGGAUCAGUACAACAAGUUCAUGAACUAUCUUGAUAAUUCUCAGGAAGGAACAGUGGUUGAAAAUACUCAGGAACAGAAAACUGAAGAAUAUGUCCCAAGUACUUCCAGAGCUGCAUAUUUUGCAGAUAAUAUCCCCUUUGAGAGGAAUCUUGAAGAUAGCUUUCAUCUAGCCUCUACAGUAAGUAAUAAUAAUAAGGAAUCUUCUUGUACUCCCAAUAAUGAUGCAUUGGCAUCUUAGGUUAGGACAUCUUCCUUUUAAGCACU